AUGGCCGACACAGCGAAGAAAGUCCUCAUAUCUGGUGGAACGGGCUUCGUGGGUUCGGCCGUGGUACGCGCUCUUGCAGAAAAACACCCAAACUUUGUCAUCGUCGUCAUCGACCAAAGUCCCCCACGACCUGAGCAUAUCCUACCAGAGGGAACUACGUGCAUUCAGGUGGACAUUACUUCAACUAACGCACUAAGCAAAGCAUUUGAGGCUGUGAAGCCAGGUAUCGUUGUCCACACUGCUGGAAUCGUCCCAAUUCUGGCCGAACGGUUCGGUCGCCGACUGGAACAGGAGGUCUGGAAAAUCAACUUUGAAGGCACGCGAAAUAUGCUGGAUACUUCCAAGCAUAGUGGAGUUGAAGUCUUCAUAUACACCAGCAGUUGCUGCGUGGUGAUUGACGAUAUGCGUACCGCUUAUCCUAACAUCAAUGAAGACUGGCCUUCAGCACUUAAGUCAACGAUUUAUGGAGAGUCCAAGGCUGCUGCAGAAGCACUUGUUCUAAAGGCCUCUAGCAGCCAGAUGGUGACCUGUGCCCUCCGGCCAUCGGUGCUCUGCGGACCAGGAGACUACCAGCUAGUACCAUCGAUUCAUGCAUGCAUCGCCAAUCAUGAAACCCCUUUUUUGAUCGGGAAUGGUUUCAAUAUGUGGGACAUCACCCACGUCGAUAAUGUCGCCGAUGCUCACGUUCUGGCCAUCGACAAUCUGCUAUCAUCUCGCACGGCUGCAGGCGAGUCUUUUUUCAUUCAGAAUAACGAGCCAAUCGUCUUUCGUCAUUUUUGUCUGGCGAUCUGGGCCCAUUUUGGGCACGUCCCGCCUUUUGAAAUGCGCAUCCCAAAGAGUCUGGCCUACUUCGCUGGGCUGGCGUGUGAGACUAUUACCUGGUUGAUGGGGAAAACGACAACUUUGAGCCGUGGAAGUGUGCAAGAUGCGUGCGCCGUUCGAUAUGCCAGUGGCAACAAGGCAAAGGAAAUCCUAGGGUAUGAGGCGCGCAUUAGUAUCGAAGAAGCCAUCCGUUUGAGUUGCGAGGAUUAUGCUUCUCGUCUCGGGGUAAAACUGCCCAUUCUUAAGAGUGGCAGUCGAUAA